GAUAGCCUCAAGGAGCCCUCAGACAAAACAUACCAGCCACAAGGGUUUUACACUGCCUCCUAAGAUCCAUAUAUAAACCAGCUCACUAGAGCACAGAGAUAUAUAGAAGAAUCAAGGGAAGAGUGACAUUUUACUUCCGUGGACUUGGAGUCUUCAGAGUUAACAGGUUUGUUUUGCUGAGAUCUGAGGACACUUGUUGGAGAAACAUUUCUGAACUUGGCACCACACAGCACAGCCUUUUGAAAAAAUGGCACAAAGACAGAACUCCGACAAAGACCCGACUGUUGAACUCUUCAUAAAGGUCAGUAUUGUGUUCAUCCUUUAGUUUAAGAAAAUAGUCAUUUGUAUUAAUUCUAACACACCGUCUAUUUCAACAAUAUGUGAAAAGAUGUAAAUGGUGUGAUGAUUGAAAUACAGAAAAACGUACCUCAAAAUUGCUUCAUGUGAAAGCAAAUGAAAUGGACAAGAUGUAAUGUAAAGCUUCAGCCACUUCAGCCAUAGCCUCUAUUUCAAAGAAUGGCUCAAUGCUUGUAGUGUUGUGUUCGGGAUGGGUAAACACUGGCAUCUGAGCAAGAUUUGACGUUCAAUUAACAGCACUCUGAGAGGCUAGUGUGUGUGUGUGUGUGUGUGUGUGCGUGUGUGUGUGUGUGUUUGAGUGAGUGUGACAGUGAGAGUAGCCUUUAUCACUGUGUAAUGACGCCAGACACUGGAGGCCACCUUAUCACCACACGCCCUGGAGGAGGAGGCAGCACACUGGGAACCCCUGGCCCCCCGCUGAAGCAAACACACACACACAUUCACACUGACACAUACAUGCAUGCUCUAACCACAUAUGCACAUUCACACAACAGAAAAAAAGUCGCAAAUAAGUAGAUAUGGAUUGUAUCUAUGUAAAGUUAUAUACGUGCAUAAUGGUACAUAUUUACGCACACGCACGCACACACACACACACACACACACACACAAUCCUUUUGCGUACAACAGUGAGCGAACCAUCCCAUUUAUUUAUCCAUACCAGAGGUAGAGCAGCGUAGGUGGGUCUGUAAUCAGACUCUGUUGUCAUAUCAUGUGCUAUAGGUGUGCACUGAGGGGAGUGGAUGUCCAUUUCUGUUGGGUUCCUUUCCAACUCAAUGCCGGCUUUUCCUCUCAAGUAGCAGUUCCUAAAAUAACCCAGCCAGUCCCAACACUACAAGUGUGUGUAUUUGUGUCUUUGGUCAUGACAUGAGAUUAAUAUGAAUUGCAUGAUAGGGUUGGAGAUCAGGACUUACUGUAAUGGAUUACAUGGACAAUGUCAACAUCAACCUUUGGAAUUUGGAAAGGGCUCCCUAUCUUAUGUGUGACCAUGUGUCUUCUGUGUUUGAGGAGUUAUCGUAUAUUGCUGUCUGUGAAAUAAACUACCACUAAACUAGCCUGGUCCCAGAUGUGUUAAUAUAUUGUCUUGCCAACUCCUAUGGUCAUUGUUUGGUGUGACAAUGACCCUAGGAGUUGGCAAGACAGCACAAACAGAUUUGGGACCAGGCUAUAACCUAAACUCAAUAAAUAAUGCUGCUUAUCUUUCAGGCUGGCCACGAUGGACAGAACAUGGGCAACUGCCCCUUCUGCCAGAGGCUCUUCAUGGUCCUGUGGCUAAAAGGAGUCAAGUUCACCGUGACAACCGUCGACAUGAGGAAGUAAGCCCCCCGCCUCCCUGGCCUCCCGCCCUUCCACUUCCUGUGCAUCUGUUUAAAGGUCUCCUCACACAUGGCUCUAUAAAGAGUUCAGCAAGAAACCAAACUGUUUAAUAGGGUAAAGUAAUGGGGUGUGAUACAGAGAGGUGAUAGAGGGCGGAGCUUGAAAGGCUAAAGCAUUUGCAGAAUGGACAAAGAGCUCUGUGUAGAAUUGAACAAACAUCUUUUCUUAAUCUAUUCCCUUUCUUGUGUGAGUUUCUCAGGCACAUUACCGGUGAGCAAAUAAGAUCAGGAAACGUUGACAGGAUGCUGAUAAUUGAGUGAUUGAGAAAACACACAACAUGUACCCUUUAAGCUAGCCACUCCCAUGCCAGUGUGUUUCACCAACUGAAUCAUAGGCAUUGUUGGAAUCAUUAAUCGAAACAUGGCUUGAUAACCUUUGUGUUCGUUGUGAUUGUGCCGCUGAAUGAUUAAGCAUGGUAUCUAUUUCUAUAAAGCUGGAAUGAUCCCAUAUAUGAACAUGUCUACUCCCUUUCUUUCUUCCUACCCUUUGCCCACCUCUCCACCCAACCCUGCCCUGGUACACUCUAGGAAACCAGCAGAGCUGAAGGAUUUGGCACCUGGGACCAACCCUCCGUUCCUCCUGUACAACGGCACCCUCAAGACAGACUUCAUCAAGAUCGAGGAGUUUCUGGAACAGACAUUGGCCCCUCCCAGGUAAAGUAUUAUUAUUUUAAAGAAAAAGUGAAUGGCACUAACCUUCUUCAAACAAACUCAUACUCCUCUCAUCCUCCUCCCUUCAGGUAUCCACACCUUAGCCCACUCAACAAAGAGUCCUUUGACGUGGGCGCUGACAUUUUCGCGAAGUUCUCCGCUUUCAUCAAGAACAGCCCAGCCAACAGUACUUGUAAGUAAAGUUUCAGUCAGUCCACAUUCAUGUUUUAGAUUAGACCAUGUCUUAUAAGGCAAUGGAAAAUAUGACAAUUAAAAGUACUCAACGGAAAUCCAACAAUGCCCAUGAUUCAGUUAGUAAAACACACUGGCACUGGCGUAUGCCUUAAUGAAAUGCUGGUUUGAUGUGAAUUUUAGGGCCCGGCCCAAGCUUACUCCUGGACUGAAAAGCAUGCUCAAUGCAGAAUCUCAACUGAAAGUACUUUUUUAUCCAUAAGGAAUACCUCCAAAGCUCCAGACCUAUCUGACAUACAUGCCUGUGUCUCUCUAAAUCCAUAGUCCAUGAGAAGGCGCUGCUGCGGGAGUUCAAGCGCCUGGAUCUCUACCUGAACUCCCCCGUCCCUGAAGAGAUUAACCACAACUCCAGAGAAAACAUUCUCGUCUCCAAGAGGAAGUUCCUGGAUGGCAACCAUCUCACCCUGGCAGACUGCAACCUGCUGCCCAAGCUGCAUGUCAUCAAGGUGAGACAAAUUGGCAUAUGACAUAAACAGUUUGGAAUAUUAAUAUUUUCUGUUAUUAGGCAUGUCUUAUGACUGUAGUACGCAACCUAUGCAAUGACAGGGCCCAUCCUUACUUUCUAAGUAUAACUCCAUUUUGAACCAUUGGGAAUAAACAUUCUCAGCCCUUAUUCUCUAUUCUACAUUUCUUUAAUAGUGUAAUAUGACUAUUAUUGUUUAUAGUGUCUCACAAUUCAAAUGUUUUGCAAUGUAUUUGGAUUUAUGUGAUAGAUUGCUGCCAAGAAGUACUGUGACUUUGACAUCCCGGUCCAGUUCACCGGUGUAUGGAGGUACCUGAACAAUGCCUACGAGAGGGAGGAGUUCAGUCAGACCUGCCCUGCCAACAUCGAGAUCGAGAAGGCUUACCUGGACGUAGCCAAUAAGAGGCAGUAAACCUAUAACCAAUCUUUAGCCAACAAUUACACAAUCAUUACACAACUAUUACACAACAUGUCCUCUUUUACUGUUACCAUGGAAAUUGUAACUCAUUCACAAAACAUUAAGGAAUUUUGGGAGGGGCCAGCAAUCAUUAUUGAAAUAUCUCAAGCCAACUGUUUAAAAAUCGACAUUUAUAAAUUCCUGCAGGAGGAUGCCAAUAGGCAUUCUAGAAAUCAAAGUUCACAAAGAGACCCCCUCCUGCUUAAAGUGCAUUAUGUUAAUUAGGCACUAUAGGGCAUGCGCAAGAUGAACCACAAUGCCAUAUGUUUUACAGGCAGUGUAAUAGUAAGCUGCUACAGUAACUAAGGUCUAUGUAUGAAGUCAAGUACCGACUAUUUAUUUCAUGUAAUUAUACUGGCAAAUUUCAUUAUAUGCCACACUAAAUAGGCCAAGUGUGCAAUUUGACUGUUUAUCUAAUUUAGUGAGUUUCUUUGUCCAUAGUGUAAAUAUAUAUUUCUUACAUGUUGUUUAUGACCUGCACACCCAUACCAUAAGAAUACAUGAGUGUAUUCUAAUUAUGUUAAUGUGUGAUUGAAACUAGUGAUAUAAAACCUAUUGUGCAUGGUUACCAUUACCACUCAGAAUAUUAAGCUCUCACCAACAAGAAUACAGUCAAUUAGCAUGUAAAUACAUUUUGAUAUCAGGAAAAUAUGUUUUACCAUAAUAGAGUACACCUGUUCAAACUAUGAUGUGAAAAUAAAUGUCUGACCCUUGAGUGUGUGUGUAUGUGUGUAUGUGUGUAUGUGUGUGUGUGUGUGU